CCGGUGAUUACCAGCAUCAGGAAGUGCCUUCAGGAAGUAGUUUUCUACCGUGUUUGAGUGACAGCUGUGCGGCGGUGACAGCCCACACGGGACGGCAGCCCGCAGAGCCGAGCCGAUACUCAAGAUGGCAGGUCUAUCUUUAUACUUUGAAGAUGGCCAUGAUGAUCUCGAUGAUUUUGGAUUUGAUGACUAUAGUUCAGAGUGCGACGGUAUCCGCAUCACAGCCUUCCUCGAUGCAGGACAAGACAACCUAACUCCUCUUGGGAGGCUAGAAAAGUAUGCCUUCAGCGAGAAUGUCUUCAACAGGCAGAUCGUGGCGCGCGGCCUGCUUGAUGUGCUUCGAGAGUUCAGUGACAAUGAAAAUGACUUUAUCAGUGUCAUGGAGACAGUGGCCAGAAUGUCAGAAGAUGGAGAGCCCACAGUGCGAGCCGAACUGAUGGAGCAGGUCCCCAACAUUGCCAUGUUCUUGCACGAGAGUCGGCCCAACUUCCCAGCAGCUUUCUCAAGAUACCUGGUCCCCAUUGUAGUCCGAUAUCUCACAGAUCCAAAUAACCAGGUGCGGAAGACCAGCCAGGCAGCGCUGCUUGUUCUGUUGGAGCAGGGCCUCAUCUCUAAAGCCGAUAUGGAGACCAAAGUUUGUCCAGUUCUGCUCGACCUCACAGAACCCAGCAGUGAUGAUGACUACAAAAUCGAGGCCGUCUCGAUGAUGUGCAAAGUGGUCACCAUGCUGGGAAAAGACACCGUGGAGCAUCUCCUGCUGCCGCGCUUCUGCGACCUGUGCAGUGACGCCCGACUCUUUCAAGUCCGCAAGGUCUGUGCUGCAAAUUUCGGAGAGUUUUGUUCUAUUGUUGGUCAGGAGGCCACAGAAAAACUACUGAUGCCCAAGUUCUUCGACCUGUGCUCAGACAGUCUGUGGGGCAUCAGGAAAGCCUGUGCAGAGUGCUUCAUGAUGGUCUCCAAUUCUACCUCUCCAGAGGUGCGACGUACUAAACUGUCCCCCCUGUUUAUCAGCCUCAUCAGUGACCAGUCUCGCUGGGUGCGACAGGCUGCCUUUCAGUCUUUAGGGCGCUUCAUCUCCACCUUCGCCAAUCCCUCCAGCACCGGCCUCCGCUUCAGAGAAGACGGCACCCUGCUAGACGUCCCCAGGUGUACAUUGGACAGCGAGUGCUCCCUAAACUCUCUGAACUGCUCCGGGAUCAGCGUGUGCCACACCGCACGCACCAUCGCUCACACGCCUCCCAACCAGGACGGUCGCGCCACGCCGUCCCCCGAGCACGUCUCCGCCGCCGACGGCGAGGAAACGCACAGCUUCGACGACAACAGCUACACUUCGGUCUCCAGAGAGACGCGAAGCGGCUUCACCCGCACCGCCUCCAGCGGCAAGGCCGGCCCCACCACCACAAACAAUGCUAAGAACUCGAGAGACACGGAGCAGACGGACCAGAACUUUAACUCCUUCAACUACUGGAGAUCUCCUUUACCAGACAUAAGCGGCGAGCUGGAGAUGCUAAAGAGUGACAAGUCUGAGGUGGGAAUGGAGCAGGGCGAGAAGAAAGCGGAGGAGGAUAAACCUGAUUAUCCCGAUUCCAAGUUGAGCCCUGGAAAAGCCACCAGUGACCAGAUCCAGAAGGUCCUGGACUGUUUGCAACCGCACAUGGAUGACCCCGAUGUACAAGCUCAAGUACAGGUGUUGUCGGCGGCUCUGAAAGCGGCGCAGCUCGACGGCCCGGACGACGACGGCCUGACGGAGCCGGAGGAGCCGCCCGAAGACGACGCCGACAGCCCUCCUGUGGAGAGCAAGUCCGUGGAGGUCCAGUCCGAGAGCAGAGAGAGUCCCACAGAAGAGGAGCAGACGGUGGAGCCGCCUCCGGCCUCAGAGUCCAGUCCCGUCCAGGAGCAAGGGGACGAGGAGACGCAGACGGAGCCCCUGGAGGACCAGGAAGAGUCUCCUCCCGACUCCCCCAUUCAGGAGUCUGAAUUGAUUGAGAAUGACGAGGACGAGGAUGAUGAGGAAGAGGAGGGAGGAAGAGACGACUCUGCCCACAGCCCAGGGUUUGAGGAUAAGCCCAAGAUCCAGAAUGUCAUCCCCCAGCAGCUGUUGGACCAGUACCUCUCCAUGACGGACCCGGCCCGGGCUCAGACGGUGGAUACGGAAAUAGCCAAACACUGCGCCUUCAGCCUGCCGGGGGUAGCGCUCACUCUGGGGCGGCAGAACUGGCACUGCCUCAAGGAGACGUAUGAAACCCUCGCUACCGACGUGCAGUGGAAGGUGCGGCGCACGCUGGCUUUCUCCAUCCACGAGCUGGCCGUCAUCCUGGGAGACCAGCUGACCGCGGCCGACCUGGUGCCCAUCUUCAACGGCUUCCUCAAAGACCUGGAUGAGGUCCGCAUCGGCGUCCUCAAGCACCUCUACGACUUCCUCAAGCUGCUGCACGCAGACAAGAGGAGAGAAUAUCUGUACCAGCUGCAGGAGUUCAUGGUGACGGACAACAGCCGCAACUGGAGAUUCAGAUACGAGCUGGCAGAGCAGUUGAUCCUCAUCAUCGAGUUGUACAGCCACUUCGAUGUGUAUGACUACCUCAGACAGAUAGCACUUACACUCUGCUCCGACAAAGUCUCAGAGGUCAGGUGGAUCUCCUACAAACUGGUGGUGGAGAUCCUGCAGAAGCUGUACGCGUGUGGAGCCGAUGAUCUGGGCCUGAACUUCAUCAACGAGCUCACCGUCAGGUUCUGCCACUGUCCCAAGUGGGUGGGGCGGCAGGCCUUCGCCUUCAUCUGCCAGGCCAUCGUGGAGGAGGACUGCAUGCCCAUGGAGCAGUUUGGCCAGCACCUCCUGCCCAGCCUGCUCAGCCUCUCCUCGGACCCGGUGGCCAAUGUGCGCGUCCUGGUGGCCAAAGCUCUCAGGCAGAGUGUGAUGGAGAAAGCGUACUUCAAGGAGCCGGGCUGUGCCUUCUCUGACGAGCUGGAGGAGACGGUGAUGACCCUGCAGUCCGACAAGGACCGGGACGUCCGCUUCUUCGCCAGCCUGGACCCCAACAAAGGCCUGAUGGACACGGCUCCCUUGAUCUAGCCUCAGCACCUUCCCCCCCCCCCAUCCGCCCGUCUACCCACCCGGCAGCACCAGCGCCCGACCACUCGCCUGCUGGGCAGACCUGCACCACCAACCGCUGGGGGGGGGGCGUGUCAGAUGACCAAUCAGCAUGUUCCGAAAACACCAGCCGGGCCGCGUGGUUCUGGGCUCGUCGCGUACUUCUCAGAGGUUUUCCCCCGAAAAAUGAGCAGGACUCAAGAGGUUUUGCUGCUUCAGUCGGUGGGGGCCACCGCGUUGGUGCCCCCCUCCACACUAACGCUGACUGGGCCACUCCCCGAUCAGACUUUUAGAACUUAACGGGCUCAUUUUCUCCAAAGCUAAUUGUAAGCUUGAUUAUAAAAUUGCUGAAAUGAUUUGUUUUUUUCUUAAUGCUUCUUGUUUUUGUGGAUUUCUUAACAAACAAGCGGGCGAGACCUGCAGGACUCUGACGUGUGCACUAACUCAGGGGGACUCAUCUGAACCUAGACAGCAUUAUGACCUACACAAGAGCAGCAGCUCCUCCAUCCCUGGGGAGGGAGGAGGAGGAGGAGGAGGAGGAGGAGGAAGAGGAGGAAGAAAAGCUGUCUGAGCAACAAAACCAGCCGAACCGAGUAGCUCCGCUGGUGUCUCUCGCCUCAUUGUCCUUUGUCCUCUGAGAUGUCCUCUGUCAGCUUCCUCUUCGACCUUCUUCUCGCUCUCCACCUGGUCUUCACGGCCACUGAAACCACUACUGCUGCACAGAAGGAAUCGUGAUUCUGCCACUCAGCGUAACUCUUGAUUUAAAAAAAUAA